UGCUGCUGGAUGACCUACACUCGUCACAGAGACGCAGAAGAGACUCGGAACAUUCUAGAAGCUCAGAAGAUAGACGGCUAUGACGAGUUCGACGAAGAGGAACAGAGGGAGUUCUACGCUAAAUUUGGAGUGACAGCUGACGAGUUGCAGGAGAGGAGGUAUAAGUUCAAGGUCUUUCAGAUUGAGGUUUGGAGACUAUUCAACCAACCGCAGCACUCCAAAUUGGCCAAGGUUGUGAACUACAUUACGGUCAUGUGCAUCAUAAUAUCAAUUUGUACCUUCUGCGCCGGAACACACCCGCUAUUCAUCGAUGACUCAAACUCAACAGAAACAUCCAACCAAACAAACUACACUGAUACUUCCGGGAGGUCAUCAUCACGUCUGGAAGAGCCGAUGCGUAUUUCAAAUCGGUAUUUGAUGUACUUGGAAUGUAUUUGUAAUGCGUGGUUUACAUUCGAGCUUGUCGUUCGCUUUAUAGUCUGUCCCACCAAAGCGAGAUUUGUCCGAGAAGGCGUGAACAUAAUUGAUUUUCUCGCGACCUUCAAUUUCUAUGUAGGAUUAAUGCAAUUUAUCGAGCAAGAGAUUCUGGAUUUGUUAUCGAUAGUUCGCAUUUUCCGAAUAUUCAAACUGACUAGACAUCAUCCAGGAUUGAAGAUUUUACAGCUGACCUUGAAAGCUUCGGCGGGCGAACUUCUGCUGCUGAUUUUGUUCCUCAUUUUUGGAGUCGUCAUUUUCAGUGCCAUGGUUUACUUUGCCGAAAAGAUAAACAUGCCGGAUCGUGAUAGGAAGUGUCGUGCAGAGGAUGAGCCGUUUGACCCCGACAAACCCCUGGAACUGUGUGUGAAGAUACUGAGUAUAAUUGACUGGUUCUGGUGGAGCGUGGUAACCAUGACGACCGUAGGAUAUGGAGACAUGGUCCCUAAAACCUAUUCAGGAAUGUUGGUGGGUAUGCUGUGUGCUCUGGCGGGUGUGUUGACAACCUCCCUGCCCAUCCCAGUCAUAGUGAGCAACUUCACCAUCUUCUACCAACACAUGGAGGCCAGGAAGAAGCUGCCCAAGAACAUCAAGCGCAAAAUAGCCCCUGCCACAAUGCCGUUGAAGGGCAAGACGCACGAGAAGCUAGAACAGGUCAAGCAGCGGGGAAGAAGACGUGCUAUCGUUGCUAACGACUACCCUGCAAUAAGUAAACCACCUGCCAAUUCCGCAGUCGCUGUCCCCGGCAACGUAGUCGACAAUAAUGAUGCCGAACAGGGCGGCGAGGGUCCGGCAGAAAACGACCCACUAAAAGACAGCAUUGCAGCUUUCCUUAAGGAAAUGGAGGCGGGAAAACAGGUAAACAAUAACGAUUCAGAUGAAAACGACGACGACAACGACGAAGAUGGCCGCCACUCGGACGAAAGUGACUCGUUGAUUUGUCGCCCGACUGUCGUGAGACGUGGCGGCAACACACAGCUAUACUCCGGAAGCCCCAAAAGAAAACGAAUAAGCGUGUCGGAAUUCAUGCCGAAGUUCUAUAAGAGAGACGAGAAGUCGAAAUUGGGAAAAGCUCCUCCUACUUCGUUCAAGUCGACCAAUUUUCUGCGCAUGGAACGAGAAAGCAGAUGCAAACUCGAUCGUCACAAAAAAGUUUCGACUGCCUCAGAAGUUUCACAGAGCCAGAUGUAUCAUCAGAAAGCAAUGGACAUUGAACUGGAAAAACGAUCUAAAAGCAUGUCAAUAUCUUCAGUUUAUUCCAUGGGAGGUAAAAAUGACUGGGAAACUUUCCAGGAAAAAACAAAAGAGUUUCAGAAAAGAAAACUUUACGAGGAUCAAAACAACAGUGAAAGUUUGGACCAGCACAAGCGUCACUUUUCGUCUAGCAACACACAUUCCAACAAUUCAGUUCCCGCCCGUCGAAUGUUUAUAAAACGACCAGGGUCGCUCGUCACGGGGAAGUUUAAAAGGCAUAGUUUGCAGCCUGUUAGACUUCUAAGUAAUGUCUCAAACAGCAGACCUCAAAGUAUUCUAGAAGACGAAGUUCCACAAGUUUCGGAUCCUUUCAGAGCAACCAGUUCAACUCUAUUGUCCCCAUACACUGCUUCUUCGGCGACACGCCGACACAAGGAUAGUUUUGAAACCACGACCAAUUCGGAAUGCGAUGAUUCGCUUGACGAUUUAACGAGCAUUCCGAGCAUUUUAAGUGUGAACGAAUCGGGUUUAGCAUCCCGAGAUCCAAACUUGAGAAGUUUUAGCAUUGACUCUGCCGCGAUGGGUUUGAAAAAGACAAACCGUCAGAGAACGGCAAAAAAACUAAACAUUCAUCAAUUUCCAAAUUCACAUUCAUUUUAUACGCAUGAUGAAAUGCAAAACCAAAGUUCGCGAAAAAACACCGCCAAUUUAUCGAGCUGCGACGUCUCGUCUAUUAGCAACGGGGACCACAUUUUAUCAAACGCCAGUUCAAAUUCCAGUUUGGCCUCCCAAUUUCUGAACCAAGAUACAAUUCUAAAAGAUGUCAAUAACAUAGACUACGCUAACGCCAAUGCUGCCCCAACAAUUUUAGACCAGAGUCCUAUUUUUAAACGGUUAAGUCCACAUAAGUUGCCCGAAAAACCUGCUCCGUAUGCAAAUAUGUUCAACGGAGGAGCUGUAUCAUCGAGGAAAAAUUCUCCCAUAGAUUUUGGACCAGGAAUCAGUACAACUCCAAGAUUAAUGAUCGAGAAAUCGUCCGCCACGAAUGGGACUGAAUUGAACAGUCCUGAAAUAACAGUGGCACAACGUAGAAACUAUUUUGGAGGACGGGAAUUUGCUUUUGCAUCAAAUAUUUAACGAAACCAACCUAAUGUAAAAUAUAAACUUAUAUCGCUUCUUAUGGGUUUUCGAAAGACUCUUCUAAGAACAGAUCUUUAUUCCGAGAACUUGUUCUUUUUAUCCGUCUUUUUUCUCUCCCAGAGCUAGUUAAUGUUUAAUGUGUUCACGCGCUUAUCCGCUGUGCCUUUAUGUACACAAUUUCCUUAAAUACGCAAUAGUAAUUUGUAGAAAUU